UCUAGCUUUUUUAAGGCACGUUUUAUACAAGGCUUAUAUUGGAUGGCUGUAGUUCUCAAGUCGCCACGCCAGGUGUCGCUGUGGCCUAGCGGAAGGAAAGCAGGCUCGCCUUUCACGACGAAGAAAAAAACGAGGAAACCACAAAAUGAGACUUUUCGCGAAUAUAAUGUAAUGUACGUCUUGCUAGUACUGUUAUAAUGUCUCAAAAGUCUGUAUCAAGCUGUGUGUUGAAUUCGCUUCUCGCCUCUUAGUUAUUCGAAUGUCGUAUGUUGUAAAGUUUAAUAGGCAUCAAUCUUGCUAACCCGGAGUUGCUAGCCGGACUAGCAGUCAUCGGUGUCACAGAGUGGACAACAAAAUCACGUUUUUACCAACGUUCGCCGUCUUUUAUUCCACUUUGUCAUGAUAAGGCGCUUGCUGGUUGGCAUAUUCACGUCCCUUUGUUGCACCUUGCUUCCCCCACGCCGUUACCUUUUGACGAUGCAACGUUUUUUGACGAGAAUUGUCAGCCGCCUUUGGCUGAGCGAGCCGGUCGCGGCGGCGAUGACCACCGAAACACAACUGCACGAGCAAGGGCGACGAAGGAUGGUGGUGGGCCUGGGAAACCCGGGCAUGGAGGGCACACGGCACAGUGUGGGCAUGGCGGUGGUCAGCGCCCUGGCCGCCCGUCUGUGCUUAGGCGAAUGUUGGAGCGGUGACAGGCAACUUUGCGGCGAGGUGGUAGUGGCGGACGCGCGCCGCCUGGUGUUGCUGCGUCCCCGAGUGCUGAUGAACGUCAACGGCGUGGCGGUGGCCAAAGCUGCCAGCAAGUACGGCGUCCAACCUGAGGACAUUCUGCUGGUCCAUGAUGAGCUCGACAAAGCUUUAGGAAAGGUUGGCAUCAAACAUGGAGGAAGCGCCAGAGGCCACAACGGUGUCCGCUCCUGCAUGGACUGCCUCCGCACCGAUGUGAUGCCCAGGCUACGGGUGGGCAUCGGGCGUCCGGAGGGUAAGACUUCGGUGGAGCACCACGUCCUGGGCCGCUUCUCUGCGGAGGAGUGGAAAAUUCUGGACUCUGUUCUUGUUCAGAGUGUCGACAUUCUGAUGUCUCAGCUCGGCAAUCAAGAAGAAAAAUGCUCCUCAUCCUCCUCGCCAGCAGGGGGCAGAUGAGGGAAAGUGACCAGCAUAGAACCUCUGCGGACACACAUAAAACUACCUUUUGUUCACAAGCAGAUGGCGACUAGCAAUUUAGCAUCCAAAGCCAAUGUAGCACUACUUCCUGGUAAAUGUCAAAAACAAGAUCAGAAUCAGACUCAUCUUUAUUUGCCAAGUAUGUCCAAAAAACACACCAGGAAUUUGUCUGCGGUAAUUGGAGCCGCUGAUGGACUCAAAUAUACCACACAACAACCAAAUCAAAGUCAUCUGUUUACAAAAACCUGCCAAGUCCUAGCAAGCCAACAGGCAGUAGCAACCUACCAGUGUAAAAGCUAAACAUGACUGGGCGUCAUUUUCGAUGACACUUGCCUUUUGUACACAAGUGUCAAGCAUGUGCUUGCUAGCAGUCUCACAAGAUCUAAACCAAAGUCCUUUGUACACAAAAAGUUGCAUGUUCUCCCCAUGCCUGUGUGGGGUUUCUCCAGGUACUCCGCUUUCCUCCCACAUCCCACAAAAACAUGCAUGGUAGGUUAAUUGAAGACUCUAAAUUGCCUGUAGGUGUGAAUGGUAGGUUUUUAUGUGGCCUGCGAUUGACUGGCGACCAGUUCAGGGUGUACACCGCCUCUUGCCCGAAGAUAACUGGGAUAGGCUCCAACACGCCCGCGACCCUAGUGAGGAUGAGCAGUAUAGGAAAUGGAUGGAUGACUUGAUGUUAUCUCAGACUACCACAACACUUGAACAAUCGCCGCUACAGUUUGUUCACAAAUGACAGACAUAUGCUGGCUAGCAGUUACACAAAACCGAAAUCAAAGUCGGUUGUUCACAAAAGCUGUUGAGUCCUCGUUUGUUCAGAGUCCUACCGAAUAGCAUAGGACACUUUAGCAGUAUUUCUUUUCUUUCUUCACUCAGUGCUACCUUCUGUCACAUCACAUUGGAGAUGGACUCAGAUGCACCCUGCAAGAUCCAAAUUAAAAGUCCUUUGUUCCCAAAAUGCUGUCAAAAGUCAACGCAACAGGAAGUACCAACCUAGCAAAAUAAAAUCAUUGCUAAACAUAAGUUGCCACCUCUAACUGGCACUGCACUCACUCGCCUCUACCCUUUGUUCAAAAGGGACAAGAAUAUGCAGGCUAGUAGUCACAAGAUCUAAUCAAUGUGCUAAACAUUUCAUCACUCCAACUGUGAUGACACAGUCUACAUGUUCACUCACUCAGUCCUACUUUCUGAGAAAGAGAAUAUACCACAGCUGUCACACAAAAUCCAAACAAAAGAACUUUGUUCACAAAAGCUGCAGAAAGUCCUGUCCUAAUGUUUUCAAUAAACGUUUUUGCACGAAAAA